GCUGUAACAGGAGGCUGUUAGCUACUGAGCCGCCCUGAGCACCGACACCAGCAAUAACAGGAGCCAGCGCCUUAAACCACCACACACUCAGUGCCGCCGCUCAUUCGUCCCGUGUGCGGGGAGCCUGUGCGCUGUCCCCCGCUAUAAAAAGAAAGAAAAGCACCGAGGCUGGAGGUGCCCGACGCUCGUGGACGCGUGUCUCCGCUUUUGACAGCAAGCUAACGAAAAACGCGAUGUCUUCAUCCCUGUAGAGAAGCUAACGCGUUAGCCAUCCGCUGCACCACUUUUUGGGGCGAGUGAUUAGCCGCGAGACGUUUUAACUUCGGGGGCUAAUUAACGGAUCUCUCCGGUGGUGGAUGUCCCGCAAACCCCGAUUUUACAGAAUAAUAAACCCAGCGGAAUCACGCGACGAUGCAGCCGAGCCCACCCGACUCGAGCUAGCUGAUUCGCUGCCUGUGUACUUGUUCGAGCGAGUACGCGUUUUUAACGCGGGCGAGAUCAAAAACAUAACGUGUUAUUGCUAACAUUUGCUAGCUUGACGCGUGUGAGUGAGUUAGUGAGUUUGUGUGUGUGUGUGUGUGUGUGUGUGUGGAGGAUCGACCCACGAUGAGCCCCCUCUGCAGCUUCGUUAGCCAGCAACACCGUAGCUAACGUUAGCUACAGAUCUGGCUAGUCAGGUUGCUAAUGUUGGCUCAUUAGUGUAAUUGAGCCGAGACUUAAGUAAACCCGAGGAAGCAUCUGAGCCCGCUGAACAUGGCUUCCGAGGAGUCAUCGCUGCGCGCACUGGAGAGCCUCAUGACGGAGUUCUUUCACAGCUGCACGACCAAUGAGCGAAAGAGAGAAAUAGAGGAGUUGCUGAAUAACUUUGCGCAGCAGACUAGUGCUUGGCGGCACUGCAUGUUCUUCCUCUCCAAUACUCGGAAUGAGUAUGUAAUGAUGUACAGCCUCACAGUAUUUGAAAACCUGGUGAACAAAAUGUGGAUUGGUGUAGCUUCACAAGACAAGAUGGAGAUUCGCAACUGUCUACCCAAACUCCUGCUGGCUCAGCACAAAUCUGUGCCCUAUUUCAUACGUAACAAACUGUGCAAGGUCAUCGUGGACAUCGGACGCCAGGACUGGCCGAUGUUCUACCACGAUUUCUUUACCAACACCCUUCAGUUGAUCCAGUCCCCAGCUAUGGCUCAGUUGGGUUUGGUGAUGUUGAAAACGACAUCAGAGGAACUUGCAUGUCCUCGAGAAGAUCUGAGUGUUGCGAGGAAAGAUGAGCUGCGUAAACUGCUGCUGGAGCAGGUACCGACUCUGCUCGGACUGUUGACGGGUAUCCUGGAGACCUAUUGGGAUAAGCACAGUGUCAUCGCCUCCACGCCACCUCCCUCACCCACCUCAGGGGAAAGUGUGGAAUUGCUGGGCAGUUUGUUUCAGGGCAGCCAAUACUCAAAGCUGCUCUGCCAGCCCAUGGCAGCGUUGGACAGUGAGAGUCAGCAGCUCUGUUGUCUUGUUUUGGAGUGUUUGGCCCACCUGUUCAGCUGGAUCCCUCUCUCCACAAGCAUCACACCCACCCUGCUGGCCUCCAUUUUCCAUUUUGCACGUUUCGGUUGUGAUAUUCACACAAAGGCCAAGAUGGGAUCCUUCAUCUCCUCCAACUCUUCCUCUUCUAAUGGCCAGCUUAACUCUGGGACAAUGGCACCAACAUCGAACGGGGGAGGGCGAAACGGACAGCAAUGUGAGGGCAGCAAGGUGGACCGCGCCCGGCUUGGCAUACUCGCCAUGACUUGUGUCAAUGAACUGGUGUCAAAGAACUGUGUGCCAAUGGAUUUUGAGGAGUACCUGCUGCGCAUGUUCCAGCAGACAUUCUUUCUUCUGCAGAGGCUGACGCGAGAGAAUAAUGCCCAUACAGUCAAGAACCGCCUAGAAGAACUUGAUGAGAGUUACCUGGAAAAGUUCACUGAUUUUCUGCGCCUGUUUGUCAGUGUUCAUUUGAGGCGGAUUGAGUCCAGUCCUCAGUUUCCAAUUGUAGAAUUUCUCUCCCUUCUUUUCAAGUACACCUUCAACCAGCCUACCCACGAAGCUUAUUUUGCAUGCUUGGAGAUUUGGAGUGUGUUUUUGGAUUUUCUCACAACCAAAAUUAAAAGCAGACUAUCCGACCGAGACAGUGUCCUGAAUAGGUACAAAGAUGCCCUGGUUCUUCUGUUAAGGGAAGUUCUGAAUCGCAUACAGUUCAGAUACAACCAGGCCCAGUUGGAAGAGCUGGAUGAUGAAACGCUGGAUGAUGAUAAACAGACCGAGUGGCAGAAGUACCUGCGUCAGAGUCUGGAGGUGGUUGCCAAGGUGAUGGAGCUGCUCCCAUCCCAUGCAUUCUCUACUUUGUUUCCAGUGCUUCAAGAAAAUUUGGACGUGUACCUGGGUCUGCAGCAGUUUAUUGUCACCACUGGCUCUAGUCGAAGGCUGAAUAUCUCUGCGGAGAACGACUGCCGCCGCCUUCACUGUUCCCUCAGGGACCUCAGCUCCCUCCUUCAAGCUGUCGGACGCUUGGCCGAGCAUUUCAUCGGGGAUGUUUUUGCUGCACGUUUCAGUGAUGCCCUGGCCGUGGUGGAGAGGUUGGUUGAAGUGACUUGUUACGGCUCUCGGACCAGCCUUUACGACCUGGAGACCGCUGUGCCUUCUGUGCUCAAGCCCGACCUCACUGACGUACAUGCACAGGCUCUUGCUGCUUUGCAAGCGUACUCUCACUGGCUUGCACAGUUCUACAGUGAAGUCCACAGUCAAAACCAGAGCCAGUUCAUCAACCUCAUCACAUCCACAAUUGAGGCCAGCAGUCCACUCAUCACAACCAAGGUACCUGAGAAAUUGCUGCUUUCAUCGUGCCAUCUGAUGGUUUCCAUCACAUCUACUGUGCGGCCAGUGUUUCUGGUCACUUUGCCAGCUGUUCAGAACAUCUUCAACCUCAUUACCACAGAGAGUCGGACCCGCAGACUUCCCCAAGAGGCGCACAUGCUGGUGUGUCGGGCUUUAUCCAACAUGCUACUGCUCCCGUGGCCAAAUUUACCAGAGAAUGAGCAGCAGUGGCAAACUCGCUCCAGCAACCACGCCAGCCUGAUGGCAGCCCUGACGCGGGAAUAUUGUAAUUUAAGAGGAACAGUGAACAUCACUCCUCGGCAACCCGCAGUGGAUGACAUGAAAGCGCUGAUACAGCAGACCCUGCCUGUGCUCAGAGACAUGGUGGACAGCGUCUCCGGGGAAUCCACCAAAUCACGUCAGAUCUGUUACCAGAAUCUCCAGGAGUCUGUCCAAGUGUCCCUCAGCCUUUUCCCAGUGUUUAUUCAGCAGCCAGAUGUGACGGAUGAGAUGCUGGCCUUCUUCUUGACGCUGUUUCAGGCGUUGCGAGUCCAGAUGGGUGUUGCCUUCACUGGACAGAUCAUCCACACUUUUCUCAGCAUGUUCACCAGGGAACAGCUGGCCGCCAGUAUUUUGCAAGAGGGCAGUGCCGGGUGUAGAGUGGUACAGAAGUUCCUGAAAAUCCUGCAGGUGGUGGUGCAGGAGCCCGGUCAAGCUUUCAAGCCCUUCCUACCCAGCAUCCUCUCUCUGUGCAUGGAGCAGGUUUACCCGGUGGUGGCAGAGAGAUCUUCACCAGACGUCAAGGCAGAGCUGUUUGAGUUGCUUUACCAAAUACUUCACCAAAACUGGAGGUACUUCUUUAAAACGUCAGUCUUAACAAGUGUCCAAAGAGGAGCUGCCGAAGAUACGAUGGAAAAUGAAGCCCAGUUCACAGCUGCCAUGCAGGCUUUCGGACAGUCGUUCCUGCAGCCCGACAUCCACAUCUUCAAGCAGAAUCUCUUUUAUCUGGAGUCGCUGAACAGCAAGCACAAGCUGUAUCACAGAAAGCUUUUCCGGACUUCCAUGCUCUUCCACUUCAUCAACGUGCUGCUGCAGGUCCUUCUCCAGAAAAGCCACGACCUUCUUCAGGAGGAAAUCGUCCUCGCUAUUUACAACAUGGCCUCCGUGGACUUCGAUGCCUUCUACUCUGCCUUCAUGCCAGAGUUCCUCAACAGCUGCCAGGGUGUAGACAGCGGCCAGCGAGGUGUUCUUGCACGCAACUUCAAGCUUGAACAGGACCUGCCCUCGUUCACUCAAAGCGUGCAGCGGCUGGUGAACGACCUGCGCUACUACAGACUGUGUAACAGUAGCCUGCCCACUGGCACCAUCAAGCUAUAGCACAAUGACUGAACCACUCCACACAUCAUCUAUGAUCUUCAAGGACUGCCUGUGCUGACCACUUUGCCCCAACACUCCUUUCCAGCUCAGCGUCGCUCCUCCUAUUCAGAGUGAUAGGACGGAACCACAUACGUUUCAUGGUUGAGUUACUGGAGGUUGAGGAUGCUGCUGAUGUUUAAUUUCGUUGAUUUCUACUGUAGAAGGUUGGCACGUAAUUUUUUUUUAAAGCAGUGCCCUCCUUAUAUAUUGCCAAUGAUAAUUUGGCAAGAAAUGUAAACCUGGUCUGCAGUCGGCAGUCGCCCAGACCUGGAGCAGUCUGAGCCAGGCCUUCUCUCCCACGCCUCUGCAAACAGGCCGAGCUGGGACUGAGCACUUUCAACUCAUUUUGAGUUUUUUAAAAUACCUGCUUUUAUUCAUUUUUGCCUUCAAUUGUUUUCAUCUCCAAAGGAGACGGACUCUCAACUUAAGAUCUUUCAUAUCAUUCCAUUCUGACAAAGAUAAAACCUGCUUGAUUUAAAUAAAGUGCUUUUUUAGUAAAACUCAAGUGUUGGAUAAUUCAUAAUUUAUUGCCCGAUGUGCUCCGACAGUGUUACAAUCGUUGACACUGUUGAAUUUCAUAUUAAUUGGAAUUCAACUAUUUCAAAUGCUGAAUCAUAAUAAUAAUUUUCACAUUUUAAUUUUGUAGAGAUGUAUUGUACAGUAUAGAUUCAUUGUAAAAGUUGACACUUCUUUCUAGGGCUGAGUGAACUUUUAUAUGAGCCUGAAUGUCUUAAAUACUGAGAAUCUCUUUCAUGGGAUUUAAUUUAAAACAAAUGUAUUGGUCACAGGGAAAGUAGAUUGUGGUGUCGAGCACGAAAAACAAUAAUGUUAACUUGCUUUACUUUAGAGCUUAAGAGAAGUAUGAAGUGUGUAAUGAAGACAGGAUGGAGUUGCAUAAUGUGAAUAUUUAGGAUCCAGCUGUUUUAGGGAUUAAGAAAGAUCAUAAAUGGACAGACGGUCAGGCAACAUUUACUUUUUUAUUAGCUCCUGCAAGUCCAACAACUUCAUAAAAAUACUUAAUUCACUGUGAUAGUCGUGUAUUAUGAAGAACUUUCUCGUGCUGUAUUUGUCGGAACUGAAGAUCAGGGUCAUUACCAAUUUCACCUAUUAAACAUCUGCUGGUUAAGGACACAUCUGUGUGUUUACAACUUCUGACAUAAAAAGAACAAAGGCUACUCUUUGACAUAUUGAACCGUUUCUGCAACAGAUUUUAUAGUGGGAGGCUUAGCCACGACCGCAACAUCAGAACUCUUUGACGUGGGCAUUGUGACAUGUCAUUCUUCUGAGACAGGAAGCUCUAAUAGUGGCAGCCGCAGCUCGUAGUGGCACUGCCGAUGUCAACAGAAACUGAUUUGCAGCUGUUUGUGACUUAUUCAGGGAUAUUUGAUGUAGUUUGUGAAUGUUUAUCAGCUAGCUACUGUUCUGUAUUUCCCCACUUGUAUCGUGAAACAUGCUCGUUUAUGUGGAUUCAUUAUUUGUAAUAUUCUUAUUCAUUCUGCUUAAAUGCUGUGAAUGCUU